AUCGAUUUUGAAAUGUUUUGAACCUCUCACUUGCGAGAUAGAGGGUUUUCCUCCUCAGAAAAUAGCACUAAAAACAUGUUUGACGUGGCUUUAAGUAGUGCUGGAGCAACUAUUGCCCUUGCUACAUCAUUUGACGAAAAUCAUCCACCAGAAAAUAUCAUUGAUGGAAGCCUUGAUACUUUCUGGCCAACAACUGGAAUGUUUCCUCAAGAAUUCAUCAUCACCUUUAGUGCAUUAAUGAGCAUUGGAAGUAUAAAAUUCCUAUCUUCAAAUGUUAAAAGCCUCUGCAUUGAGAAAAGCACAAAAACAGAACCAGUAGACUUUGAACCUCUUGUGUAAAGCUUAGGAGGAAGAGGAAAAAGAGAAGAAGAGAAGAGCGGGAUCGAACCAGCCCUGGCCAGGUCCGGUCUGGUCAAAAUUGUAGUAGAGCUUGCAGAAUAAAUCUACGUUUAAGCCAA